UCAUGUGCCCGGAGCCACCUCCAUUCCGGACGCCGCGACAUUGCGUUCGCCUUGCCAGCCUAUACCUGAAUUACGCGCCAUUUCUCCGGUGUUGUAUGCUGCCUCCGUUAGGAAGUGAAUAUAGGGCGCGGUCUCCAAUGCCCACGUCUUGACCACUCCCUUUCGCUCCUCCUUAAACCUCCCCUCCUAAGCCAGUGAAUCCUUUCUGGCUGGUCGAGAUGUCUGACGCGACGGCUUCAGAAUAUGGCACUUCAGAUAUUUCUCGACAGAAGCGUAUUCUCCCCCCUCCUGCUUUAAUCGUGUUGAGCCCUCGCGGAUGGCUGACUUCCUUCGCACGAGCAUGGAUUCUCAACGUAUUGCAGGACGCGGUGAAGGUAGGAAGUAUCGUGAUCGAGGAAAGGGAAAUGCGCCAUACCUUCGGCCGGGCUACAAACGGACAGAACAGCGUCCGCAUCACCGUGGUGGACGAGGACUUUUGGACGCGAGUGCUGCUAUCCGGUAACCUCGGCUUCAGCGAGGCGUUCAUGAUGGGAGAAGUCCAAGUCGACGACCUCCAGGCCGUCAUAGAACUAUUCAUCGACAAUCUAUCCAGUCUCUCUAAUAUUUCCUGGUUGUACAACAAGACCAUCGCUGCCGUAUCAGGACUAUGGAACGCUUUCGCUGGACAGACACACACCCGUGCACGCCUCAAUGUCGUCGCGAGCUACGACCUAUCCAACGAAAUGUAUAAGGCGUUCUUAAGCAAGGAAAUGAUGUACUCCUGUGCAUUAUGGGGCGAAGAGGAAGGCGGCGUCCGCGGAGACCUAGGCUCAGGUCCUACCACAGGCGACCUGGAGGCAGCCCAGCGGCGCAAGAUACAACACGUCCUCCGCCAGUUGCACCUUCAACCUGGACACCGUCUGCUCGAGUUCGGUACCGGGUGGGGCGCGCUCUCGAUUGAAGCCGCCCGGGAAUAUGGUUGCGAGGUUGACACGCUCACGCUGUCCAUCGAGCAGAAGACGCUUGCAGAGGAACGGAUCAGGGAAGCCGGGCUGGAGGAUCGCGUUCGCGUCCACCUGCUCGAUUACCGGGAUAUCCCGCCUCACUUCGAACAUGCAUUCGAUGCGUUUGUCAGCAUCGAGAUGAUAGAGCACGUCGGGCCCAAGUACUACGGCGCGUAUUUCCGACUGGUCGACUUUGCUUUGAAGAAGCGUGGCGCCAUCGCCGUCGUGAGCUCAAGUACAUUCCCCGAGCAUCGAUACAGCGAGUACCAAGCUGAAGAUUUCAUGCGACGGUAUAUCUGGCCCAACUCGGCCCUUCCCAGCGCGUCCGCCUUAGUUGAUGCGGCAUACAAGGCUACACGAGGCCGCUUUAAGCUGAACACCAUCGAGAAUCACUCAGCACACUACCCUCGCACGCUCCGGACGUGGGGGCGCCGCUUCAAGAGCAACGUGCAGCAAGACGCCGUCGCGGAGACGCAUCCAUCCCUCCGCGAUCCGAUGGAGUUCGCCGUGUUCGCACGCAAAUGGGAGUAUCUGUUCGCGUACGCCGGCGCAGGCUUUGUCAAAGGCUAUAUCAGCUGCCACAUGCUGACCUUCACUCGAGAGGGAGACGCCCCAGACUUGUAAACUUGUCUGUCAUACAGAGGACGGUAACAUGCACGAGGACCCCGACCCUUCCUUAUCCUACCCGCCAGUCGUUGUAUGA